ACGACCUCACCAAGAAACUCGCACUUCCGGUUAUCUCUUCUCGGUACCGUCACACUCCUCGCCCUGCAGUGUCUGGUCACGUGGCAGCCGGAAGUCGUCAAAUGCGAGUCACUCUAGCAGCAGGCGGUUCAUGCACUUGGAGGAAUCCGAUUGGUUCCACUUUGAGCGUGCCAGCAAGAAUGUCCGGCUGGAGGAACACAUCAAGCUCCACCACCUGGAGAAGCUGAUGGAGGCCUUCGCCAGACACAAGCCUGAGGACAUUCUCGUGCAGGAGGGAACAGGCUAUUUCCCGCCCAAAGUCCAGCGACGGACACCGGGCUGCAUGAACUUGCCGGAGUUUAAAGACACGAUUUUCAGGAUCCUAAAGACAGAUGAAUAUGACGAGUAUUUGGAUAAACUUUUUAUGAAGCUGGACACCUCAUGUGACGGGUACGUGGACUGGGACGAAUUCUGCACCUACCUGUUGCUGUUGUACAGGGAGAACGAUUACCUGAGGACCAAGAGUGAGAUCCCCUUCAUGGUGGAGCCUAGGAUCAGACACAUAGUACAUAACAGGCAAGAGCAGACGACGAAAAUUGUUGCGGUCCAGGGUCCACUGAGGUACAUCACAAUCAGUCGGGAAGGCGCCAUGAGCGUGUGGCAGCCCAACAUGUCCAUGGAGAAACAUUACGUCAUAGCUGACCAGGAGGAAGACCAAAGCUCCCAGAAGCGGCGCUUCAAAAUGUGGGUCACGGACGCCGUGUACAUGCCCAACUGUCAGAAGAUUGCCAUCGGCUCCACCAGUCGCGACAUCCGGUUCUAUGACGUGUCGUCAUCACAGUACUUUGAGGAGUACCACUUGUUUGCAAUGGCGGAUGUACCUUAUUGUUUCGACUACUACUUUAACCCAAAACAACCCAACACCAGUUCACUGCUCGUAUUUGGGGUAGACACAGGCGCCAUCCACCUCCUCAACUUUGUCAAGCCAGUCACCCAACUGUUUGAGAACCCCUUCAAGACCGACGCCAGUGGCCACAAAAUAUUUAUGCAGGACAUCGGCAACCACAGUCAAUGGGUCAAGCACACAGUCCUACCGGACAUCCACCCAGAACUCAUCCGGCAAGUCCGGUAUUUGCCGGAGAAUGAAGCGGUCAUCUCGGCCUCUGCCUCACCCCGGAACUCGAUCGUUAUCUGUGACAUCAUAGGGGUCAAGAAAUCUUAUGUGUUCAAACUAGAGAAGGGCGUGGAAUGUUUUGACCACAAUAAAAAUUUGAAUAUUCUGGUCACCGGAAGUGGAGACCACAUUGUCCGGCUCUGGAACCCUUACGUGACCUUCAAGCCAGUGGCGACACUACCAGGUCACGCGACCAGUGUCAUAGGGGUCGCCAUUCACGAGGGCUUCAGACAAGUCUUCAGUUACUCGAAAGAUGCGGUCGUGAAGGUAUGGGAUACAAAAGAGCACGUCUGUCUACAAACUGUGGUUCUGAAAUUCCCCUCCUCGCUGAACGGCCGGAUGCCGGAACACGGUCAGUUUCCGGUCCACCUCCAGGGCCCGCCCCACAGUGCGUUCUUCGUCACGUGCAACGACUACAUCGCCGGGCUGCGUCUGGGGAAGGUGGAGGUCAAGACGUCCCACAUGGAGGUGACGCACGACACGCAGCUCUGCUGUGCCAUUUACAACACCUUUCUCAAACAGGUUGUUACCGGAUGUGAUUCCUCAACGAUUGCCGUCUGGGAUAUUGAAACCGGAAACAGGUCCAUCGUGUUCUCUAACGCUCACGGUGACGAGGAGAUCACGUGCCUGACAUUUGAUUCCACGUGCCGGAAGUUGAUAUCUGGUGCCAGGAAUGGCAGUGUCAAGGUGUGGAACUUCCAGAACGGCCACAACCUUCACAAGCUGGAGGCCGUGGGAGAGAACGAGAUCACCGGCAUCGUCCAGCUGCCGGAGAAGAAGGUCAUCCUAACCGUCGGCUGGAACCAGAAGAUUGUCACGUACGACGACUCUGACGCAGACAGCAUGAACCUGGCGGCCAACGUGACCUGGAAAGGUGGCCAGCUCCACAAGGACGACAUCCUGACGGUGGACUUUGCCCCGCCCAACUUCCUGGCUACAGCCAGCUUUGACGGGGAGAUCAUCGUGUGGGAGGCCGACACGGAGAAGAUCUACGUCCGGCUCAGGAAAGGUCAACCUCCAAACAUUUCCAAGAAGUUGGAAGCUUUGAAGACUAACGUCAAUGGCGCCAUCCCGGCUUCAGCUCCUGCUUCCAGACCCAACUCGCGACACCGGCUCUCACAUAGAGUAGAGAAAGGGCAAGCCGCACCUGUAGAUAAACUCAUGUUCCUGAAGACAAGGGCCGGCAUCCGGUUCACAGAGAGUGCAGUUUUGAUCUCAAGCGAAGCCGGCAAUCUAAGAUGGUGGAACAUUUACACGUCAAACCGAGAAAUGGGGUGCUUCUAUGUCCCUGGUGUGAGGGACGAGUCAGUCCUGGCCAUGUGUACCAAACCUGGCGAUGACGUCCUCAUCACAGGUGACACGCUAGGCUACGUCAAAUGUUGGGACGUCACAGAGUACUGCACGAGCUACCAGGGGUACAUCAUCAAGUCCGCCCCACCCCUCACCACCACAUGGAGGGCCCACGACACUGCUGUCGUCAGCGUGGAGUACAUACAGCACGACGCUGGAACAUUUGUUCUGACGGCAUCCACAGACAAGACGGCCAGGCUCUGGUCACCCGAGGGUCACUACAUUGGCACAUUUGGUCAGAAAGACUCAUGGAACUUAAAAAUCCUGGAGACCUGGGCUCACCCUAAAAAUCCAUGGUCAGACGAGAAGCAGACGACACUUGAUGCCGACCACUCACCGUCAGAUACUCCGGAAGAGAACGGCCUUGAGGGUCCAGACGAUGACCUUCUUCCUACCAGGGAGAACACCGAGUUCAGGAGCGUCACCGGCAUGGGCGUAGAGAGCAGAGAACCCAGUUUUGUGGCCCCUAAAGUGACUUUUCUAGGUAAAAAGGUGGAGCGAGAUUUAGAAAGGCGCCAAAGGGACAGAAGAGGAAGAAGGGUUUUGUUCGGGGAGAUAACUCCACAAAGUACGUCACGAUUCGGCAAACAGUGUUCCCCCUAUCACGCCCUUACUACGCCAGAGUGGCAGGAAGUCGAACUACCCAGCAGCCUGCCCUUGUCUCAGAGAAUGCAGAACCGGGGGUACACGGGUUCGAAUCUCACCAUCGACUACAUCAAGAGCAUGGACUUUUCCUAUGGCCUCCCUGACCCCGUGCCUGUUGUAAUGCCUACGUCUGCUUCUGGUAGCGUCACUUCCGGGUACCAGCAUUCACUGCGGUUGGAAAAAUCCACCAAACUACCACCGAUAAAAUCUGGAAAGAAAAAUCCACCAUCGUCUAACCCCGCCAUCACCAAAACAGUUUAUUGAUGUCCUGAUAUAUAACUCAUGUGUUAUACACAUGUAUCACACACAUGUAUCACACACAUGUAUCACACACAUCUAUGAUAUAGAUACAUGUAUAAUACACUUGUAUUAUGGACAUACAUCAUGAGAAGCAAACAAGGCUGAACCACAAUACUUGAGGAACAAGAUAACGAUAAAUCAAAGUGAGCAUUUUAAAAUUUCAAUGAGAAAACUUGUCAGUAAAGUGGUUAAAAAUUGCAUUAUAU